CCGACAGCAGGAAAUUCUUUGAGCUCAACUAAAAUGUAAAUAUAAAAUGUAAAAUGCCACCCAGGGAGUUUCCUGGAAAGCUCAACCUUUGGUGAAUCAACAUAGUGCCACGACGGACAUUUUCAUAAAAUCCAGCUCUUGGUAUGGAAUAAAAUUCUGAAUCUAAUAGCAUCCGUGCAUUAUCGCCAAUAAACCGAGUCGAUUUGGACAGAGCACAACUAUGCAGUACUCAUGUUGGAAAGGACCAGAAGAUGACAAGCAAGAAGUGUUUGAGAAGUGUUCUCCAGAAGUUUCUCUCAUGUUCCUACAGCUCGGUGUGACGAGGUAGCUCAGAAAAGCAUCCCUCGAGCGACCAUGAUGUAUCCAGCUGGCCUGAUCUGUGGGCCGCACCUCACCUAUCGCUGGUCCAGAAGACUGGAGGUUUCACCAUCCUCCUGGGCGUGAAUGCCACUGCUGUGAGCCCAACAGGAAGUGUGACCUCAUUCUGCUUCUCAGUCUCUGGUGACACAGGCUGUUUUUGAAAGAAAACAAGAGCGGUUAUAAGGCUGACUUUCUCAAGAACGACAUGCCCUUUUAUUCUAGGAAACAACCAAAACAGCAAGAGGCCGCUGAAGACAAAACCUCUCUGCACACUCCUGCACACGCCGACAGCCUGCUGAAUCCUGGGUUUCUCCACCGUCAGCCACAGGAAGCUUCAUACUUCAGUAAUUCUCCUCUUCAUCAGUGGGAAGAGGAAACUGGGAACUCCCUUUGGAAGGAACACAAAAUCUGUGAAGUUUGAACAAGCAGCCUUCCCAAGAUGUACCGAAUAUCUCAACUGAUGUCAACACCAGUGGCAAGUAAAUGUUCUUCGGGCUCUGAGAGAAGAUAUACCGGAGAGCCGUCUCCCAGAUGCCUUUUCCCAAGUUUUGCCUGUGAUUUCCUGGAUGGUGACAGUUCCUUUGAAGGCUGCUCUGCAGCUCUCUUGACGGGCUCCCACGUUACCUGUCGCCGAAGUCCCAGACUCCUCUCCAACGGCUACUAUGUUUGGACAGAGGACCCUCUCCUCUGUGACAAAGACGGCAACAUAACUCUGAGCCCACCCCAGGCCAGUGUUCUUUACAAGGAGAAUUCAGUUAGGGUAUUUAGAAAGAAAAAGAGAAUCCGCCCUUCCUUUUCUGAUCUCUUCAGCCUUGGUGCCUCUAAAUCCUGGCAGCAUGGAAAUAUCUUUGGUGAUGUUGACUCUUCCCUAAGUGAGGACACCUGGUUGGAGGGGGUCGGGAGGCUGGACACGCACCAUUGCAACGAUAUCGGCGACGAUCACGACGGUUCUGCGACUGAUGCACGCGAGGCAGAGCAGCGGAAGGCAGCCUCCUCCUCCAGCCACGCUGCGUCUCGGACUCCGCCAGAGAACUCCCACGACCUGGCCCUUCAGUCUCCAGGGACAACUUCUGAACAUUUCCCGGGGAACCUUCUGGAUCACGCAAAAACCAGUUUGUGGAGAGACAUCUUCUUUCAAGCAUUUCUACUGGCCGCGUGCUUAAUCAUUUGUGCGUGUGCAAGGUGCUUUCUGGGAGGGAUAUUUGCCAGUGUCCUCACGUGCCCAUUGAUGAUAACUACUGCCUAUACUGUCACGUCGUUGUUUCUCAGCCUUGCCGACUAUUUCGAAGCCACCACCUGUGCGCAGUGUUGACUGUGUUACCAUCAUCCUGACGAAGAUGACUGGAGCCGGCUACCUGAGAGUGCUUUUGGCUGACUAAUGGAUGGCAAUGACCACGCACAGGAAGCGUCCCCGUCAUCUGUCUCGAAGAAUACUUUCUGUUAAUGCUAAAAUCUAAUAGCGUUCUCAUCCAGUCUCUUACAUUUUUACCGGUUCUUCAAAAUUGAGAAAAUUAAGCUUCGAGGCAAUAGGGCUUAAUAAAUAACGUGAACCUAAAAUGCGUAGGUCCCCUGUUAAAGUGUUUUUAUAGGUUCAUAGCACUGCACUUUAUUUUUUUUUUUUAUUUUUUUUUCCAACGUUUUUUAUUUAUUUUUGGGACAGAGAGAGACAGAGCAUGAACGGGGGAGGGGCAGAGAGAGAGGGAGACACAGAAUCGGAAGCAGGCUCCAGGCUCUGAGCCAUCAGCCCAGAGCCCGACGCGGGGCUCGAACUCACGGACCGCGAGAUCGUGACCUGGCUGAAGUCGGACGCUUAACCGACUGCGCCACCCAGGUGCCCCCAUAGCACUGCACUUUAUAAAUGCCUCCUAUUAAGAGGCCUUUAUCUUACAGUUCCCCAAAUAGCUGGCAAACUGCCCAUGAAAUGGUCUCACUUGCAAAGUGUGAUGUCUCUGCCACCUCUCACUCCCUUCACGAUCCCCCUGCGUGCUGACUGCCCUGGCUCAUCAUAUUUCAAAGUGUUGUUGGGGUCUGGGUGAGAUGCUCACAGAAUUUCAAACGGUCUGCAAAACCCCAUCCCGUUGCAAGAUGGAUCGUGUUAAUGACCCCCUCUUCUAUAUGGCUGCCAGAGGCCAGCUCCCAUGGCUUAGAGACGGAGCUCUAUAAUUCAAAUUAGCUCACCGGCCUUUGCUCUCGACGCUGUGCCGCCCUAUUUACGAAAUCACUGUGUUAAUGCUGAAAUCACAAUGGGACGUGGUGAAGAUUUAUUUUGUUUAGGACUCCAGCCAGUAUUGAUUUCCUGACAGUCUGAGCGAUGUUUCCCUUCCUUUCCUGGCAUUCCAGGCUUCUGGGGACAGGCUUUGAUAGAGCUAAGAUGUGGUCCACCUCGUGGUUAGAAAAUUGGGUCCCGAGGUCACCCAAGAACUUCUUAUUCUUUAGCCCUUGUCUAUUAAUAACAUUUAUUUAAAACUCCUCUAAGACCCUCACUUCCUACCGUCUGGAUGCGGGUUAUUCUCUGUGUCUGCAGAACUUAGAAGUGUACCUCAGCCAGCACGGAGGACAGAUUGGCACUCAUGUUCAGCUUUCUGGGCUGUGAUGUCGCGCUGUUCAGGACUGGACCAACCAACGAGGUCUACACAAAAGACUUCCAGCCACAGAGCCACUUCGUAACUCCACGUCCAACUAUCACUGCUUGGCAGAUGGUGUGCAUUGUUUAAAUCCCUUCCUUCUGGGUUUUAAGAUGGAUUUGUGCAAUUAAUUGAAAAGACCAGCCUCACCUUGUUAAGGACUGUAAUGAGAGCAGAGUUUCUCAAAGCAUGGCAUGGGGACAUCUGUUCUAGAACCAACUGGGGAACGUCUAUCCUGAUUCCAGCUCUUCUGAAUCCCAAUUCCCGAGGGAUCUUCAGUUUUAACAACCUGUCUGGGUCAUUCCUUGCACAUCAACUGUGAGAACCCUGGAAAGAUGGUUUGGAACUUCUUUACCCCUUGAUUUCUAAAGUGGCAUCACUUAACCUUCCUAAAUCUCGGCUGAGAACUUAUGAUACAUUCUGUGCUGCGCUGAAUGUCCAGUUCUGCUCAGCAGACAUCGAUGGAGUCUCUCCCAAGGGUCACACACUUCCCCGAGGUGCCAAGGUUGUUGUGCCGAGGCCUCGGGAUUUCUGAGUCUAAAGAGACAUGUGAAGGGCAAGCCACCUUCUUUGUUGAAUUUAAAGCCUGUGAGUUUGGGGACUGUCUGUAUCGUUCACCGGUGGCCCAAGCGUCCCUUCCAAAUGAAGGCCGUCACAGUUGUCCCGUGUUGCCGGUCGUGCGUUAGCAUCAGCAGGGCGCAUUCUGCACAUUUAUGACCUCAGAGGAACAAGACGGGUUUGCCAAAAUUUGCCAACCAUGUAGGACGGUCUCUGACGGAUGACUUCAAUCUGAAUAUCCAGAAAUUGUCUGAUUUGCAGUCUGCUUGGAAUCAACUGCUUUAUUGGAAGGGAGUGAGCAACUACAUUAUUGAGAAAAAACCAUUUUAAUUUGGUUAUGUGUCUUUUUUUUUUUUAAUCUCAUUUUCGCUUUCCUAAAUUGUAAUCUGCUCAGGAAAAGAAUAUCAAUUCGUCUUUACUUUGCCAACGCUAGCAGUUGAAAGGGAACUGGCUGGGAAAUGUGAUAGAGAACCAACCACGUGGGUAGAUGGUCCCCUCUUAUUCCCUGAGGCAUUGUUUCAUACAUGAAUUUUCAUCUAGAGAAUUCCAUGAGGCGCUUUUAACAAUGCAAAUUCCUGGGCCUGCCUACAAACACCUAUCCCUUGCUGAACUGUUUAAUUAAUGCCAACUUGAAAGUAAAUAUGGGGCGCCUGGGUGGCUCAGUCAUUUAGCAUCCGACUUCAGCUCAGGUCAUGAUCUCACAGUUCAUGAGUUCGAGCCCCGUGUCAGGCUCUGUGCUCACAACUCAGAGCCUGGAACCUGCUUUGGAUUCUGUGUCUCCCUGCCUCUCUCCCUCUGCCCCUCCCCUGCUUACUCUCUCUCUUUUUUUCUCUUUCUCUCGAAUAAAUAAAUAACAAAGUAAAUAAAUUGCAGUUUGCACAUAAAAUACAGUGAAGAAAAAGUUCAUUCUCCCCAGGGAGUAGCUUCAUGGGAGUUGGUGACAGUAGAUGAGGGUUCGUGGAAAAUGGGCAGGAGAGAGCCUCUCUCUGGGAAAGCACCUUCUUCUUUUGAACCAUUUCCUUGCCAAGGUUGCAACCUUCUUGGGGUUCAUGAUCGCCUUUCACUCAUGUGCUAUUAAAAAUAGAAGAGAAGAAGAUCUUUAAGGGUCAAAAAAAAAAAAAGGCAAAACACCUGAGUGCCUUGACACGCGUAAACACGGUGCAAUUGUACAGCCAGCGAAAGUUGUACAAGACGCUCCCUGUCAUUGCUCUCACUUGGUGUCUGUUCUCGAAGUAAAUGUGGCCUGCGAUUCAGAUUUGUUCUGCAUGCUGUUCUCCAGCUAGGCAGUUCUUUUUUUCAAAAAUUUUUUAAUGUUUUAUUAUUUAUUUUUGAGAGUGAGAGAGAUAGGACACCAGUGGGGAAGGGACAGAGAGAGACAGAGGGAGACACAGAAUCCGAAGCAGGCUCUAGGCUCUGAGCUGUCAGCACAGAGCCCGAUGCGGGGCUCGAACUCACCAACCGUGAGCUCAUGACCUGAGCCAAAGUCGGACUCUUAAGCGACUGAGCCACCCAGGUGCCCUGAGAGCCUGCUGUUUUGAUGCUCUAUCAGGAAAGCACACCUUGAGAAUUGCUUAUGUUGCCUGUCUUCUGUGUUGUGCAGGGUUUUAUAGAGGGUCACUACGUUUACAUGAUAAUACCUUUCAAAGUUAGAUGCAGCAAUACAAAUAAUUGUUUACGAGUAUGUCAGACUUUAUUGUGUCGGGGACGUUUCCUCCCCAAUUAUUUAAGCUUCCUAUCACUGCAGUGACACGUUGCCGCAGAGUUGAUGACCUAAGACAAAAUAAGUGUAUUAUCUUACAGUUCUGAAGGUCCGAUGGCCCCAAAAUGAGUCUUAGGAGUGUCCCAUCAAGACGUCAGCGGGCUGCGUUCCUUCUGGACUCUCCAGAGAAGACCCCAUUUCCUCGCUCUUCCAGAUUCUGGAAGCUGCCUCCAUUCCUUGACCCUCGGGCCCUACCUUCUUCUUCAAAACACAUCCCUCUGCUUCUGCUGUCACGCCCCGUUUUCCGACUCUUGACCCCUUGCCUCUUUCUGAGGAGGAUUUUUGUGAUUAUGUUGGGCCCGCUCGGAUAAUCCAGGAUAGUCUCUCCAUUUUAAGAUCCUUAACUUAAUCCCGUCUGCAAAGCCCCUUUGCACAGAUUCUGAGUGUGGUUUCUACUGAAUGCAUAUCGCUUCGGCAAUGCAAAGUUGAAAAAUCGUAAGAACCAUUGUCGGUCAGCGACCAUCUGUAUAUAUAUCCAUAGAUAUCUAGAUGCAGAUCUGUGUAGAUCUCCAUCCAUCCAUCCAUCCAUCCAUCAUCGUACAUCCUGUUCUGUUUCUCUGGAUAACCCCAACAAAUUCAGCAGGAAUAAUAUCCACCAUUUUACAGUAAGCUAAGAGAGCUUUAAUAACCUUCCCAAGCACAAGGAGGGCACGUAGGGGGUCUAGGAGUCACGCCCAGGUCUGUGUGACCCCUCGGCCCUUGCCCUGCCCGUUACUGACGGCUGCUGGAAGCAUUACAGGUGAACGGCCUGGCACCCCGAAGGUUAAAUAUUGCCCUGGUCACUCUCUCCAGAAAUGCUAACUCGGGAAAAAGAGUCCCGGGAGGCAAGAGGUUAAAUGACCAGAGCCAACCUGUGACCUUUGCCCUCUUUCUCCUACCUCAAGAUUCUCAAAUCUCAGAGGGAUGACGCGACCCAGACGCCACAGGAGAGAGAGGUCACGUGGGGCCGUCGCGUCUGCUGGAGGACCUCUGCUUGUGUAAGCUUCCAUAGCUGUCGGCUCAUGGGAAGACCUGCCAUUUUGACGGAACCUGUACGACGUGCGAGACGUUGUACCCGCCUUCUCUGUAAUCCCUACCGGGGUCCUGCCAAGGUUGACUUCAUGUUGUAGCUGCCGUGACCAGACAACGUUUAACGACUAAUGUGGGCCGGGUGGCUCUCCGUUAUCUUUUAACCAAGCCAUUGGCCUCCAAGCUUGCCCACUUAAUUGCCUUAGACUGGGGAGGGACAUAUCCCUUCCCUUCCGCACCAGGAGUGAAGGUGAGAGGUACACAACCAUGGGUGGUGGGGAGAGCUGGGACGUGUAGGGGAGCAUGUGGAUGCCCCGCGGGCUCUCGCAGACUCCAGCACAGCCACGUUUUAAAGGCGAGGAAGGCAGACCUCAGAAUGCGAGCCUCGUGCCGUCCCACAACUCAUGAUCGCUGAAGCCCGGGUUCCGCUCAGGUCUUGGAGACUCCAGUGUCAUUUCCCCUCAAUGCUUCUCCGGGCAGGGUCGGUGGUUACUUCAAAGCAACUCAGAUGCAAAACGAUCUGCCUGUGCCGCAGGGGAUGCCAACCACCCCCCUCCUCCCCGAAAGGAAUCCCACUACUGCUCAUGCAACACGGCGGAGCAGACACCUGCCACCUUGGCAUGCUUUGCCUCGAUGCCACACUUCCCUACCAGGCCCCGAUGAAGGUCUGAUCGCGUAUUUAAAAAAAACAAACAAACCCUGUCCCACUGUGAUGGCUGUACCCCUCCAUCUGUCCCAUGCUGGGUGAAAUGGGCUACAGCUGCAAGCAGCACCUGCCAGGGAGCCAGACCCGGAAAAAUCAAGAACCACAUCCUUCCCCGAUGCGAGGCCCACCUUCCCCGAUGCGAGGAUAUAGUAACAGCUUCUCCGAAAACAGGCCUAAGGCCAUGCCUUGUGGUUCUCUCUCAAGGGGAGGGGACUAUCACUGAACUGUCAUGGAGAACACCAAGCAAGAGAAAGUGAGCUUAAACAGUGGCGUGAGGAAGGAUUCACUUUCAUGAAAUGAAUAAUUUGAUUUUAUUUGUUUUGGAAGUGAUUCACCAUCAUUUUUUUUUUAAACAAAAAAUGAGAACAUUCAAAUAAACGAGAGAAGAAGUUACCCAUAA